GCGUGACCACGUUGCUAUAGCGCAUCUCAGCGGAAUGGACGGAGCCAAAUCGAUUACAACCGCAACGCCCGAGGGCCCCUCCCACGGCCAUGCGGUCCCGCGGCUUCCUGUGGAGGUCUGUGAACGGACCAUCGACCACAUAGCGACGGGAUGGGAUAUCAGUUAUGCUGCUGCAAAGGGCGAGCCAAAUCUGUCCACUCUCACAUCUUGCGCGCUCGUAUGCCACGACUGGUACUACCUGACGUGGUACCAUCUACGUCGACGCAUUCAUCUGCGAGACCGAAAGGAUGUUCUCUCGCUCUACAGGACACUCCGCGCAAAACCGCGCCUCCGUGAGGUCGUUGAACAGGUCGUCUUAUCGGGUGCCCCUCCUGGGGAACAUCGAGCAAUCCCGCACCUGGGGACGUUUGCCGCCAUGUUCGCGGGCAAGACUCCGAGAUUGUCGAGGAUCAGCAUUGAAGAUGCGGAGUGGACCACCGGCUCGGUGCGCACAGAGGACAUCGGCUACUUCGCUGCGUUCAGCUUCGUUGACACUCUGAUCGUCCGCAAUGUCACCUUGCCGAGUGUUACCCAGCUGUCCCGCCUCGUUUCAGCACUCCCGCAGCUUAGGGCCUUGUGGUGCUACAAUAUU